UCCUUUCGUUGUUGCACCAGCUGGUGUUACAGGAAAAUAAGGACUGAACACAUCGACAGAUAGAAGGGAAUCCAUCCAAGGCUGCGUUAAAACCAACCUGAGAUGGACGACGAAUGUGUCUUUUAUCGGGAGCUACCCAAGGUGGAGCUUCACGCGCACCUCAACGGCUCUGUCAGCUUCCAGACCAUGGAGAAGCUGAUGAACCGCAAACCUCACCUCAACAUCGAGCACAGCAUGACGGCGAUCGGGAAAGGCCAGCGCAGGACGCUAGAUGAAUGUUUUGAGGUUUUUAAAGUCAUUCAUAAGUUGGUGGAUACAGAGGAGGAUAUCCUAAUGGUUUCUAAAGAUGUAAUCAGGGAGUUUGCAGAGGAUGGUGUCAAAUAUUUAGAACUCAGGAGUACACCAAGGGAAGAACAGAGGACAGGUUUAACAAAAACGAAUUAUAUUGAUACCAUCAUCAAAGCUAUUCAGCAAUGCAAAAGCGAGGGGCUAGACAUCGAUGUCAGGCUUCUAGUGGCAAUCGAUCGUAGGAAUGGGAUGGAGGUUGCCAUGGAGACUGUGAAGCUAGCUGAAGAAUUUAUGUUGUCAUCCGAUGGUUUGGUUGUAGGAAUCGACCUCAGUGGAGAUCCAACGGUGGGCCAUGGAAAAUACUUUCUUCCUGCAUUGGAGAGAGCCAAAAACGGUGGACUGAAGCUGUCGCUGCACCUCUCAGAAGUUCAGUCCCAGCUGGAGGAGUCAGAAUUGCUAUUGAAUCUGCCCCCUGACAGGAUCGGCCACGGAACUUUCCUCCAUCCUGAAAUGGGGGGCUCUCAAAGCCUCGUUGAUAAAGUGGUAAAAAACGGCAUUCCGCUUGAGCUCUGUCUGACCUCAAAUAUUAAAGGGCAAACUGUGCCAAUGUUCUCCCUGCAUCAUUUCAAAUAUUGGUACCAAUUAGGACAUCCAACUGUCAUUUGUACGGAUGAUAAAGGAGUCUUCUGUACAGACUUGUCUCAGGAAUAUCAGCUGGUGGCCUCCACCUUUGGACUGAGCCAGAAGGAGAUGUGGAAGCUCUCCCAGCAGGCCAUAGACUGCAUCUUUGCAGAAGAAGCUGUGAAACAGCAGCUCAAAAAGAAGUGGCAGGAUCUGCAUCCCCAGGUAUUCAAGUGACCUCCGAUAGCUGGGCCUUAAAAGUCAUCAUAUACCUCAGGUUGUGUUUGAAAACAAAAGAGAAUGUUGGUACAUUUUUCAAAUCCUUUAUAAAUAGAUAUGAAAAAAUAUGUAAGAAAUGUUGAGUAGAAAUAAAGGCAAGCAUUUAUUGUGUGA